GUAAAAAUUAAAAAUAAUUAAAAUCGACAGUGUUAUUAAUAUUAUUUGGUGGAUUUACGGUGGCAGCUGAGAAAAGAGAAUGAAUGUGGGGUGAUUCCAGCGGCAGUGAAGGUAAGAGACAGAGAAAAUGUUACGAUGGAAGCGUUGAUUACUACAAUCAGAAGAGGCAUCGGUUUCUAUUCAUCCAUUCAAGGCAGUGAUGGGCACUGGCCUGCAGAAUCAGCUGGGCCUUUGUUUUUCCUUCAACCUUUGGUGAUGGCAUUAUACAUCACAGGAUCCCUUGAUGUUGUUUUAGGAGCCGAACACAAGAAGGAAAUAGUGAGAUAUUUGUAUAAUCAUCAGAACGAAGAUGGGGGUUGGGGAUUCCAUAUAGAGGGUGAUAGUACAAUGUUUGGAUCAGCACUGAGCUACAUUGCGUUGAGGAUACUUGGUGAAGGGGUUGAAGAUGGUGUGGAGCGGGCAAUGUACAGAGGAAGAAAGUGGAUCCUGGAGCAUGGUGGUUUAGUGGCUAUUCCUUCGUGGGGAAAGUUCUGGGUCACGGUACUGGGUGUCUAUGAAUGGUGUGGCUGUAAUCCACUUCCACCGGAGUUUUGGCUUCUACCCAAAGCCAUCCCCAUUCAUCCAGGGAAAAUGCUGUGCUACUGUCGCUUGGUUUACAUGCCCAUGUCAUACUUAUAUGGGAAGAGGUUCGUAGGUCCCAUCACUGCCUUAAUCAGAUCACUCAGAGAAGAAAUGUAUAAUGAGCCUUAUGAAGCAAUCAACUGGAAUAAAGCCCGCAACACUGUUGCUAAGGAGGAUCUGUACUAUCCACAUCCUGUGAUCCAAGACAUGUUAUGGGGAUUUCUUCAUCACGUGGGAGAGCGUUUCCUGAAUUGCUGGCCCUUUUCCAUGCUCAGACAGAAGGCAUUACAAAUAGCAAUUGAGCAUGUACGUUACGAGGAUGAGAACAGUAGAUACCUUUGCAUUGGAAGUGUAGAGAAGGUUCUGUGCUUGCUUGCGCGUUGGGUUGAGGACCCUAAUUCAGAGGCAUACAAACUUCAUUUAGCCCGAAUCCCUGAUUACUUCUGGCUCGCAGAAGACGGCUUGAAAAUCCAGAGUUUUGGGAGCCAAAUGUGGGAUGCUGCAUUUGCUAUUCAAGCAAUACUUAGUUGUGAUGUGAGUGAAGAGUACGGGCCUACACUUCGUAAAGCACACGACUUCGUGAAGGCUUCACAAGUGAGUGAAAACCCAUCUGGUGACUUCAAAGCAAUGUACAGACACGUAUCGAAAGGAAGCUGGACAUUUUCUAUGCAUGAUCAAGGUUGGCAAGUCUCCGACUGCACCGCAGAAGGACUCAAGGCUGCACUCCUUCUGUCAGAAAUGCCAACUGAUCUAGUUGGGGACCAAAUGGAAACACAGCGAUUUUUUGAUGCUGUUAAUGUCAUCCUCUCUCUACAGAGCAGUAAUGGCGGUUUCCCUGCAUGGGAACCUCAAAGAGCCUAUCGUUGGUUAGAGAAAUUCAACCCAACUGAAUUCUUUGAAGACACUCUGAUUGAGACGGAGUAUGUGGAAUGCAGUGGAUCAGCAGUGCAGGGCCUGGCUCUCUUCAGAAAGCUAUACCCAAAGCACAGGAGAAGGGAAAUAGAUAGCAGUAUUUCGAAAGCAAUCGAUUUCAUUGAAAGGAAGCAAAAUCCUGAUGGGUCGUGGUACGGUUGUUGGGGUAUUUGCUAUACAUAUGGUACCUGGUUCGCUGUAGAGGGACUAAGAGCCUAUGGAAAGAACUACCAUAACAGCCCUUCCCUACGCAAGGCUUGUCAAUUUUUGUUGUCAAAGCAGCUUUCUAAUGGUGGAUGGGGAGAGAGUUAUUUGUCCAGCCAAAACAAGGUUUAUACAAACAUAGAAGGCAACCGUUCAAACUUAGUUCAAACUUCGUGGGCUCUGUUGUCCCUUAUACAUGCAGGACAGGCUGAGAUAGAUCCGACACCCAUACAUCGUGGAAUAAAGUUACUUAUCAAUUCACAAAUGGAAGAUGGAGAUUUCCCACAGCAGUGUAGUGACAUUUGUUGUCUGAUGUAUAGCCUAUACGAGCUUUAUGAGGUGGAAAUUUGGGAUUAG